AUGAAUCUCGUAUCAAAACCAUCCGAAAAUCAAUUUAAUUCUCGUGGUCAAAAUGUCCUUCCAAUAGAUAAUAAUUUUCCAUCGUUUAAAAUAUUUCCUCAACGUAGUGAUUCAAUAGAUAACAGUAAUAAUCGUGCAUCGCCAUCAAACAAUGGUCAAGGGAUAACACCAAAAAAUCCAAGUCCAACAGAUAUCGAUGAACAUGAAUGUAACCCACUAGCGGUAUCACCAUUUCGAUUAUUUGGUACGUCGACAACAGUAUCAGCAUCAAAUCAAACUCUAGUGAAAACUCCGAAUGCAAAUUCAUUGAAGAAAUUUUCCUCAACAACCGAUAAACCUCGAAGAAAACGAACGCCAAAAGUCGAAGAUAAUAGUGAUGGACAAAAAGUCAAAAGAAGAAAAAGUGAAUUGAAUAUGAAUCAAAAACAAUUAACAUUAAUGGAAUUACAAACACCAAUAACAACAGAGAAAAAAGUCAAUUUAAAUCCCGAACUAUUUACAGCGAAAAAUUCUGCUAAUUACCGUGAAAUUGGUUUUUCACCAGUUUCAUCAGCUCAAAGUGAUUCAGGGUCAAAUUCAAAUCAUACAUCUGAAUCCUCGAAUAAUUCCACAACUAAUUCAAAACAAACACAAACCGAUAUAAUUGGAGCAAUAACUUCAACGUCUAAUGAACUUGAAGCAAAGAACAGUCAAAUACAAAUGUUAACCAGAGAACGAGACGAUCUACGGCGACAAUUAACUGAUACCAAAAAAGAUCUCGAUAAACAAACGAAUAUACUUCAGAAAUGUCUUGGUGUUAAUAAGAAAUUACUAGUAGAAAAAUCAACACUCGAGCGAAAGCAAGCCAGACAAAAAUGUAUGGAGAAUCGUUUAAGACUUGGCCAAUUUGUGACGCAAAGACAAGGUGCAACAUUCGUAGAAAAUUGGACCGAUGGAACAGCGUUUACUGAUAUUACAAGACAACAAGAAAUGCUUCAACGUGCUCGAGAAGAACUCGAGCGUGAGCGUCGUAAUUUAUUACGUCGUCGACCCAUUUAUGAAGUGAAAGAAAAACCAAUUAAAAUAUCAGUUACAAGAGCAAAAAGUAAAGAUCGCGGUAGUUCGUCUUUAGCAACAAAUGAUGAAAGUAGUAAUGAUGGUAUAAAAACAGCAAGCGAUGCAAAUAAAGCAGUGUUAAUAAGUGAUUGGUAUGAAUCGGAUGAAGUUUUACGUUUACGCAAUGCAUCCUUGAAAAAAGAAGAAGUCGAUCUACAAAUUGAAUAUGAAAAACUUGAACGAGAAAGAAAUUUACAUAUUCGAGAAUUGAAACGAAUUUACAAUGAAGAUCAUUCCAGAUUCCAAGAUCAUCCUGUUCUCAAUGAUCGUUAUUUACUGCUCAGUCUGAUUGGUAAAGGUGGUUUCAGCGAAGUGCAUAAAGCCUUCUGCUUAAAAGAACAAAGAUAUGUUGCUGUUAAAGUUCAUCAACUUAAUAAAGAAUGGAAAGAAGAAAAAAAAGCAAAUUACAUCAAGCAUGCUUUACGUGAAUGUGACAUUCUCAAGACACUUGAUCAUCCUAGAAUUGUUCGUCUCUAUGAUGUAUUUGAAAUCGAUACAGAUUCAUUUUGCACUGUGCUGGAAUAUAUUGAAGGCAAUGAUAUAGACUUUUUCUUAAAACAACAUAAAGUAAUACCUGAAAAAGAAGCACGUUCAGUUAUGAUGCAAACUGUUAGUGCAUUACGAUAUUUAAAUAAUGGUAUCAAACCGCCUGUAAUUCAUUUUGAUCUUAAACCAGCCAAUAUUCUAUUGGGUUCGGGUACAAGUAGUGGUGAAAUUAAAAUAACUGAUUUUGGCUUAAGUAAACAAAUGUGUGAAGAUACAUAUGAUCCAGAACAUGGUAUGGACUUAACAUCACAAGGAGCUGGAACUUAUUGGUAUCUACCGCCCGAAGUAUUUGUUCAGGGACCAAAUCCACCUAAAAUAUCAUCAAAAGUCGAUGUAUGGAGUUUAGGUUGCAUCUUUUUUCAAUGUUUAUAUGGACGAAAACCGUAUGGUCAUAAUCAAUCGCAAGCAGCUAUACUUGAAAAUCAGACAAUAUUAAAAGCAAAAGAAAUCGAAUUUCCAGCUAAACCCAUUGUAUCCGAUGGAGCCAAAACAUUCAUAAGGCGAUGUUUAACUUAUAGUGUUCGUGAUCGACCCGAUGUGAAUCUAUUAGCCGAUGAUGAAUAUUUACGUUCAUAUCCAAAACGUGCAACAACAAAUGCAUCAGCUCGAACAGCUCAAUUGACGAUGAAUGACGGUUCAAAUUAA